AUGGCCGGCCGUCCCAUCUUUGUUGCGACUCAUCCCCGGUCGUGCUCGACUGCCUUUGAGCGUGUCUUCAUGACCCGUCCGGAUGACAUCUCGUGUGCCCAUGAGCCCUUUGGUGAUGCCUUUUACUUUGGUCCAGAGCGUCUCAGCGCUCGUUUUGCCGACGAGCCCAAGCUCCGCGAGGAGAGUGGCUUCACAAAGACUACUUACAAGGACGUCCUCGACAGCCUCCUGAAACAAGACAAGCGACUCUUUAUCAAGGACAUGGCCUACUACCUGUUUGCGCCCAAGGGCCACCCAACCAGCGUGGCCCCGUCUCUGGCUGACCAGGCCAACGGCGUCGACAAGCAGACCAGCGAUCGUGCUGCUAACCCGACCACCAUCCCGCUCAGCGCCCUGCAAAAGUUCCGUUUUGCAUUCCUGAUCCGCAACCCACGCCGCUCGAUCCCCUCAUACUAUCGCUGCACAGUGCCGCCUCUCGUUGAGACCACAAAAUUCAACGAGUUUAUGCCCUGCGAGGCCGGCUACAAAGAGCUGCGGCACCUCUUUGACUACCUGCGCGCGCAGGGACUGGUUUCUGACGACGACAUCACCAUCAUCGACGCAGACGACCUGCUCGACCGCCCGGCCGAGGGCAUCGAGGCGUUUUGCAAGGCCGUCGACCUCGACUUCCGCCCGGAGAUGCUGCAGUGGGACGACUCGGCACACCAAGAUCACGCCACGGCAGCCUUUGAAAAGUGGGCGGGCUGGCACAACGACGCGCUGGCGAGCACCGGCCUUAAGGCACGGACGUCGCAUAAGAAGACGCCGUCGGCCGACGAGGAGGAUGCCGAGUGGGCGUCCAAGUAUGGUGCCAAGGGCCAGAAGAUCAUCCGCGACUGUGUGGAUACCAACAUGCCCGACUAUGAGUACCUGAAGCAGUUUACGCUCAAGUUUUGA